GUCUUGUCAUCCUCGAACCCUCGAUCGAAAUUGACAGAUAAUUAACAACGAAUGGUGCAAGGUCAACAGCAUAGUCUGAGGAGGGCCCGAUAUCAUGUCAGAUGGGGUUGACGGUGGAGGUGGGGAAAAUGAGGUAGAUUCCCAUUCCUGUUUACAUGCUGAUGUUGGAGAAUCCUCAACCCCAAGAGAAGAAGAAACUUUAGAUCCAGACAAUGAGGCUGCCUUAAACACUAAUUAUGAUAGUGGCGAUGGUGCUGUUCCUGCUUUUAGGUGUGAAAGGUGUGAAAACUAUGAAACUAUAAAUAAGACAGCAUUCUGCGCUCAUCAGGACCAAUGUUUGGGCAAUGCUGAACCAGGAGAGAGUGCAGAGAACAUUGAAGCUGUUGAAAAUGAUGGAGAUGGAGAGGAAACUCAUUCUGGAAUUCGUUCUCACAGAAAAAUGUUUGAAUGUGAUGUUUGCAAUAUGAAAUUUUCUAAUGGAGCUAACAUGAGGCGUCACAAGAUGAGGCAUACUGGAGUGAAGCCAUACGAAUGUCGGGUGUGUCAGAAGAGAUUUUUUCGUAAGGACCAUUUGGCAGAACAUUUUACAACUCAUUCCAAAACAUUGCCUUAUCAUUGUCCAAUUUGCAAUCGUGGUUUCCAAAGACAAAUUGCAAUGAGAGCUCAUUUCCAAAAUGAACAUGUUGGCCAACAUGAUAUGGUAAAAUCUUGUCCUUUGUGCAAUUAUCGUGCAGCAACUAUGAAAUGUCUGAGGUUACAUUUUUUUAACAGGCAUGGAAUAGAUUUGGACAAUCCAGGACCAAACAGUUCAAGUUCAUUAAUGACUAGCUGUGCCCCAGGAGAAGCUAUGCCUUCUGCUCCCCUUUCAGAUAGUGGAGAUAGUACUGGAAAUCGAUCUGCAGACAAUGCAACUCCACCAAUGCACUUUCUAACACCUCACAUAGAGAUAUCUAUUCCUUAUCCUGAACAAGCUGCAAGUCAACGGAAUCCGAGUCCUGCUCCCCUUAAUGGAGAUAGUCCAAAUAGUCCUCAAAGUGCAGACAGUAACAGUAAUGCUCCAAGUAGUAGUCAUCAUCAGUUACCUAUUAACAGUAGUGGUAUUCACAGGAACCUCGGUGGAAAUGAAGAAGCAAUCACACCUUCAAUCUCACUGAUUCCUAUUAAGCAAGAACCAAAUAGCAAUGGAACAGAGGAAAAUGGAGCAACAUCUAGUAAUCUUCCGUUACCAUCUUUGAUAAAAGUCUCACCACUGAAAUCUCUUCUACGAGAUGACUUACGACGUAAGCUUUCAUCUGGCUCUGGAAAUAACAAUAACAAUAACAAUAACAAUGGUAAUAAUAGUUCGAAUUCAAACACCCAUUCAAGAGGAGAACCUCCUAGUUCAACGAGGCCCGAUCAACGAAUCAAUGGACUUCAGUGCGCUCACUGUAAAAUUACCUUUCCUGAUCAAACGUUAUAUUUCCUUCAUAAGGGUUGCCACAGUGAAAGCAAUCCUUGGAAGUGUAAUAUUUGUGGGGAACAGUGUUGUAAUUUAUACCAAUUUAAUUCGCAUUUAUUAAGCAAAAGUCAUCAGUAGCUACUGAAAAAAGUAACAUUCUCUCUAAGGAACC